AUGGCGGACCAACCAACGACCACCGCCAAACGGACCAAACACCUAAUCCUAGGGGAGGACGGUGGCCCCGUCGUCGACCCGGUCAACUGGGACGCGGAGCAAAUUCUGCCGCUCAAGGACUACCCCGGCGCCCCGGAGCAGGUGAAGAAGGAGGCUGUGCAUCUUUGCAGGGGGGAUCUUAAAGUGCAAGUUUGA